AUGGAUAGUAAGGCUAAGUUUCAUAUCGACGAAGACUUAAAAUUAACCGGAUCGGAACAAUUGACAUUAGCAACGCGCGGUUAUAAAAUUAUCAAAAAAAUAAAUGAAGGUUCAUAUGCGAAGGUAUACCUUGCAGAAUACAGAAAUCCAAGUAAAAACGAUAAGCUUUCUAUAUUGGCUUGCAAAGUUAUUGAUACUAAUACGGCCCCCAAAGAUUUCGUUAAAAAAUUUUUGCCCAGAGAAAUAGAAAUGUUAAUAAAACUCAAUCAUCCGCAUUUGGUUCAUACUCACAGCAUAUUUCAAAGGAGGUACAAGUAUUUUAUAUUUAUGCGAUUUAUGGAGCACGGAGAUUUGUUGGAGUACAUACUUCAAAAGGGUGCAGUACUAGAAGACCAAGCCAGGAUAUGGACGCGGCAAUUAGCUCUUGCGAUUCAAUAUAUGCAUGAACUAGAAAUAUCCCACAGGGAUAUAAAGUGCGAAAAUGUCCUUCUAACAGCUAACCACAACGCGAAGUUAUCAGAUUUCGGUUUCGCCCGAUAUUGUGUCGAUAAAAAAAUGAAUGACGUAUACAGUGAAACGUUUUGUGGGUCUUUAUCGUACACCGCUCCCGAAAUAUUACAGGGUGCUCCGUACCAUCCAAAGCCGACAGACAUUUGGUCGCUGGGCAUAGUAUUAUACGUUAUGAUCAAUAGAGCGAUGCCAUUCGAAGAUAAACAGAUUAAACCACUAUACCAAGCACAAAUGAGCAGAAAUUGGAAGUUCCGUACGCGAUACGUGGAUUCGAUUUCAGAAAGCUGCAAACGCUUAGUGACCGCAAUGUUAGAUCCGAACCAUGUAUCUAGAAUCAAAAUAGAUAAAAUAAUAAAUAGUGAAUGGGUCGCUAUGGACUCGAGGUUGUUAGAGUGGUCCCCGCAAGAAACGAUGGCAUAUAAAAAGGCUCGAGAUGAAAGAAGCCAGCUUGUAAAAAAGAUAGAGAGCGAUCCUGAAGAGCCCGCGAAAGAGACAGCUAGCCUCCCCGACAAAACCGUUAUGGCAAUCACGAAUAAUGGUUCAUCCGCAUCGUAA